UACAAAAUAUGCUCACGACUGAUUUGAGCUGCCAAAAUGCGGGAGAUGGUGCAUAUAUGAACGCAAAACACCGAUAACCCUUCCCGUUCUUACCCAUGGGAGGCUCCGUUUAGUGUAUCAAGUGGCUCCUCGAAUGGCCAUAAUAUAGUUCUGUGUGUUUGUGCAUCGUAUGUGCGAGCGCGAGUAUGGGUGAGAGACAUUUUGCGUGAUCUAGUGCGACCCCAACUCGCGGUUCGUCUUUUUUUUUGCGCUGUGGUACGAAUACGCGAACUAAGCGAAGGGAUGGGGAAAAGCAGCGCGACAUAAAAAGGAAAACAACAACAGCAACAAGAAAAACAAGCAUUGUUGGGGAUGGGGACGCUUUGUGGGAAAGAAUAAAGGAUGGCAAAAUAUAUGCUGUUAUGUGGAAUCGGUUUAUGCGAGUGCGAAUAUGUGUGGAGACAAAUAUAGGUGUUUGUAUGCCCAGAAAGGUAUAGAGUGAGCAGAAGUAUGUGUGUGAGACAUUGUUUGAACAAGAAUGAAAUGCAUCCAGAUCAAUAGUGGCAAGAGAACCGAUAAAAGUUACGGCGAAAGAUAACAAAAUGUGCAUCGAGGUUGAUCACAAUAACUCGAUGUCCCUCCGCCUCUCCAUAUGAAGCCAUCAACUUCAUUUUGGUUCAGCAAAGAUUUCGGACGGAUGAAAUACCGACGCAGACAACGUAUCACCUAAACUAAGAAGCAGUGGCGACAUUGUGAGUUCAUUUCAACUUAUUCUCAAUCUAAAAUGGAUCCAGUAGGUCCAUGGUCGUACACCUACAACCGGCAGCCAGGUGCUGCCGGUGGCGAAUUCCACCACCACCUGGCGACGGCAGCCGCAGCUGGUGGUAUUGGAUUGGCUGCUCAUAACACAACCGUUGGCGUCCCAUCGACUACAUCGCAACUUCUGCUACAAGCGGCACAUACGACAUCCCUUGGAACCUCGACGGGUCCCUUCAAUCCACCCAGUUUCCUAUCACCGCCAGGAGUAAGUUAUGAUGCGGUUUUUACGCCGCUGUUUCACCCAGCAGCCAAUCCAAAGCCAGCACACUACAGUUCAACCAUAAAUCAGCACCGUGUACUGGCACAAGCGCAGGCCCAAGCUGCAGUUAAACAAGCCAGUGAGUCAGAGGUGUUACGAGACAAUUACACAACCCAUCAAACAUUAGCUGCAGCUGCCCAAGCGGCUAAUUUUUUUGAACAACAACAGCAGCAACAGCAACAACAACAACAAACUUCGAAUACCAGUGCAGCCAGCAGUGGAUCUACUCCUAGCAGUGGCGCUUGGCAAGGAAACAACCAGCUUCCAAGUCCGUUCGGUAUUAUGCCACACGAGAACGUCGUCCAGUCGAGUCCUGUAACAUCGACCACCUCGAAAACCACCAACUCUACGUACGAGAAUUUUAACGCACACUUCACCAAUCUGAACCAACAGCUGAACUCGCAGCUAGCAGCUAAAACGUCAGCACGGUCGGCAUCUCCAGCAGUGAAUAGUAGCAGUACUGGCCCAAGUAAACCCACUACCAACUAUUUUGCAUCAUCAAAUCCUAGCAGCAACUCACAGCAAUACGGUAGUGUGAAUGAAACAUUAUCAAACUAUUCCAACCCACAACUGCAGCAACAACAACAAGCCAGCAAACAGCACCUGGACUAUGGCAGUGCUAGUAAGUCAUUGUCGUCUACAUCUGGUACAGGUAGCGGUUCGUCUUCGCUUCAGCAGACUUCUUCAUCUUCUUGCAUUGUUAUUACUCCGGUUUCUAGCUCCGCAAAUUCCACACCUUCUUCCCUGUCAUCUCCUACUUCUUCCGCGACACAAAGCUCGAAGGGAUACAAGUAUGAAUCCCGUAUCAUACCAUCCCAAACGCCACUUGUUAACUCUUCAAUUAUCUACACGUCUCGUAACCACAACGCACAUCACGCAUCAGUCGCAAUCAGCAGUCAGACUGAUUCGAAAACUCGAUUGUUAUCGCCAGGUCCACAGCAUCAGCCUCAACAACAUCAGCAGCAACAACAGCAUCCACAACAAAUAUCGCACCAUCAGCAGCCACAACAUCAUCCACAUAAUUUGCUGCAGAUGAACAGCUUUAUUGUGCCUCCGACUGCUGGAUCACCGCCAACAUCGCUCAACAGUAGCGCAGUUGUUCAAAGGCCACCAUCACAAUCGAAAACAAUCGGUGGAGGCGUGGGUGGAAGUGGAUCGGUUCUCACAGCUAUCAUCAAAAGUGAUGGACAGCACAUAGUGAUCAGUCAUCAACCACAAUCGUCACCGAUUAGCUAUUCAAUCACUGACAACAAUGGACGGAUGAGCAGCUCGUCUGUUUCGUCGUCCUCAUCUUCCACGACGGCUACUAGAUUAAGUAGUCCCAUUAAUCGUGUCAAUAACGGUAGUAGUAGUAAUAUAUCUAGGACUAAUAGUAACAGUAGUAGUAAUCAGCAGCAGCACCAGCAGCAAUAUCAACUAAACAGUGCCUCUAGUAGCUAUAGAACUAAUUAUAAUCAGUUGAAUGUAUCUGGUAGCAGCACAGAGUCUGUCGAUUACGGUCGAAUUAAACGCGAACCUCAACAGCCACAACAACAGCAGCAACAGCAACCCCCGCCCCAACAACAACAGUAUUCAAACGGUCCCAUCUUGUCAGUACCUCGCAAUCAUAUGCCGCCAUCAUCUCCUGCUGCAUCCGAUUACAGCAGCUCUUCAUCCGCAACAAUUGCAAGACGUCCAUCUCCCCCAGUUCACCCUCAUUCUCAAGCUUCCCCCAUUAGUCACGUGUCCAGUCCCGUUUAUCCCAUGUAUCAUAGCCCCAUGAGCAACACCUUAUCAUCCCCGCAACAUCACAGUCAAGUGUCUUCUCUUCAAUCGUCGGCAGCAAGAUCACCAUCUGCCAAUCUUUCACGGCAAGCUCAAACUCAAUCUCAAUCCCAACAACAAAUACAGCAGCAGCAUCAGCAGCAGCAACAUCCUCCACCACAGCAAGUAGCAUAUCCAUCGGUUAUAACGCGUACCCAACAACAUCCGAUUCAAGUAUCCACACAUAACACACAUUGGGACAAUCGAUGUACGAAUGAGCGACUACAACCGGAGCGUAGUGACCCAAUGGUCAUAGUGAAAAAUUUGCAGCAACCGAGUAUUAUAUCGCCCCCACCACAAGAACGUCACGUUGCUCCAUCGACAGCAGCUGAGAAGACUGAAUCUAAAUCGAGACGUAAGAAAUCCGACACUCCGACGAGAAUUGUGCCGGUAGCGAGCGUAGCUAAUGGAGAGUUUAAUGCGAACUCAGCGGUAACAGCUGUAUCCCCCAGCGCUGCAGGAUCUUCUCUAAGUGGUGCGAAUGCGAAAGAUCAGUCGCUGAAUGGCAAUGCGUUGGACUUUGAUCGGUGGACUUUGGCACCUCCUCCAGCAGGAACUACUAAAAUGUUUCCCAAUAGUAAUUUUAUCUCUCAGCCACCCUCUACUUCGUUCAUUCCCCCACCCCAUCCCAUCUACUAUCCCACGUUUCAUGGUCCCAUCCCAUUGAUACCAAACGAGAUUAUCAGCAAUACCCUGGCGGCGACUGCUGGAAGUAAUCUUGAGAUUCCAACCUAUACCACUUUGUUAAGUGCCUCUGAUAGCACUAGUAGAACCAUACCCGGUAAUGGUACAAAUACAAGUCGCGGCAGCGAAGACGAACGACCUCCAACCAAUGUUGAUAAUAACAGCAAUAAGGUCGUAGUUCCCAAUAUAGAGGAAGAACUUGGAUUUCUUACAGAAACCUCGAGGCAGCCACAACAGCAACAACAGCAGUCUCAUCAACCGCAUUCCCAACAUCAGCAACAAACGAGCUCGGCAUCAUCUGAAGGCGCUACGGCAGCAGUCUCAGGGAACAAUGGACUUGCGAAUAAUCCGACCAAAAAAUUCAAUGUUCCUGCCAAGGAUAGCAAAGGAUUCAUGGGCAGCUAUCUGAAGUUUUUGCAGGGCGAGCGGGACACAUCCCCACCACCGGCCGCAAGAAGCAAUCGCAAGACAACUUGGUCGCGACCUGCAGGUAACAAUGCAAAUGCAGCUAAUAAGAAUACCGCUGCUAACAACGCUGCAAAUAACGCAAAUAAGCAGACGGCUUCCAGUCAGCAGCAGCAGCAGCCACAGCCCCAAGCACAACAGCAAACGCAAGCAACUCAACCACAACAGGCGCUUCAGUCGCAGCAAACGCCGCAAGCUCAGCAGACACAGUCAAUAAAUCAAAACGUUAGUAACGGUAUGUCACCUGCUGAACAAUACAUGUCUAAUUUCCAUAUUCCAAAUCAUCUGCAGCAGAAACAAUCGGACCAUUUACAGCAAACGCAACCGCAGCAGCAACCGGAUCCAAGAUAUGCUUCAUAUCCGCUUGCAAAGGAUAAUCGAAAGCGCAAAUUCGACGCAAGCGAAGUUGCCGAUCCUUUAAAUGUCCCUCAGCGUCGACAGACUUCGAACAGGAAGGCCAAAUCUAAAACUACCAACAUCCAGCAGUUGAUCGGACGUAGUCCAGGUAGUACCGCUGGGUUGGAACAAGUGGAGGAACCGACGGAUUUCGCAACCGACUCCGACUCCGAUCCUGCGUGGACGCCCCAAGAAAAACAGGAAGAUGAUGAAGAAGAACAAGAUAUGAUGGGACGCAAGAAAGCGAAAAAGCCCAAAAAUGUUGUAGGAAACCCACGUGGCAAACAACAACGGCCACGAUCAAACAUCUUAUCAGUGGCAGCUGCCGGUGCCGGAAUUGCAGAUUAUGAUUACGAAAGUGAAGAGGGGAAUAAUGCGCUAACGGCGGGAACAGGUAGAGGGGGACCGACUUCGGCAGGUAUUAUUCAUCCUAUCAGCAAUCCGUCACCCCAGCAACAGCAGCAACAACAUCAUCAGCAGCAGCAGCAGCAGCAACAGCAACAGCUUCAGCAACCUUCAAUACAACAACCAAUGAUUCAACAGCAGCUGCAGCAUCAACAAAUAAUUCAACACCAACAGCAGCAACAUCAGCAACAACAGCAACAGCAAAUAUACCAACAGACAACGGCUAUCGGUGGUAAUCAAAUCAUACAGAAUCAAUACAUUCAGCAGCAGCAACAGCAACACCAACAAAUUCAGCAGUAUAAUUCCGGAGCCAUGGUUAACCAACAACAGCCUCAAUCACAUUCGCAGCAACAACAAGCCGUCAACAGCAACGAUGAGUUUCAGACUGGCGACUUCGUUGUAAUCCGCUCGGAACUAGUACAGGACUAUCCUUCCAUCUGGAGGGUGGACGGAAAAACACUACUGCAGAAGUACGAGCCUUUCGAUCAGAACGGCAAAACGCUUCAUCGCAAUGUAUCGACGUAUGCUGCAUGGAAUGCCGAAAGUAAAAAGCUGUACGUGAAAAUACCGGUCCGUUUUCGGGUGCACAACCACAUGGAAUCGGUGGUUGAGUUCAUGCGGAACGAGAUGUCCAUCGACGACACCGAGCAGUUCCUGGAGAAGUCGAUGAACGAAACUAAAAUCUAUCAGGAUGUGUUCGAAGUGUACAUUCAAACAUUGAUAUCGCAAGCGCUUGAUUCCAACUUCUUGAAGGAGAUCUUCCAAGAGCAAGACGACUACUUCCUGUCGCGGGUACAGACGAUCGAUAGUCUCACAGACGAUCGGAAGCGACGAUUAAUUCAGAUAACGCCGUGGUCUCGGAAUAUGAUCACCUCAAUAGCAACGUUCCCCGCGUACGAUAUCAUGACCGAGCUUGGCCAUACCAACAUGAAUCAUCCGGUGUGUGUCGCGUGCCAUCAGCCAGGAAUUUCGGUCCGAAUUGUACUGCAGGGCCAAACCUACAAUACCGCAACGUUGGCUCCAUGCCAACUUCAGGACACUCGCAUUCAGUACGAGAAAAACUUCCUUCUCUGUCGCAUUUGUUCGUCGCGAUUCGAGCUGUUGCACAAGAUUUGCCACCAGAAGUACAUGAUGUUUGUGGAAUGCGCAAAGCGCGUCAACCAACAGAUUUCACAUGAUUCGUCCAAAGCUGCAACCAUUAUUCUAAACGAACUGUUAGCAGAUGAACACUGGCUGACGAUGCUUUUCAAAGAGGUUCGCGGAAUUUGGGCCGAGAUCGAAAAUAUGGAACGUCAAUACCGAUUCCAUGUGGCCUCACAAUGAGGAAAGGAUAUUAAAAUGCAAUAAAAUUUAAGCAUACUGUAGAAGCACCGAGUAUGCCCAUAGGACAAAACGUCCUGUAAGUCAUCCAAGAUGAACGUAGAAUGCAUAACUGCAACAAGUGAAAAGAGCCCAUAUUAUCCUUUUUUUAUGAGAACGUACGAUAGUCAUUAUCUCCCCCCUUAGUGCUCCCCAUAUGUAGGUUUAACGAUACACUCAUACACUCACAAUACUAACAAAAGAAACCACAUUUAAAGGAGCCGAGCUUGUGAACGGCAAGCUAAACUAGUAUUUGUAGUAGGAUUUAAACAUACAAACGAGAUAUAGCAAAUAGCAGCAGCAGCCUUACUUUGGAAAAAUAUUCUAUUUUUGAAUUCACAGCUGUUUUUAAGUUGCUCGGUCAAGUAUUUGCUUCCAUUCUCCAUUUGCUACACAUGUAUAAUUUUUCAUCUUUGUACUAGACUCUGGAUAGGGAUAGCUUUUGUUACGAAAAUUCUUUUCUCGGAUGAACUGAACGCGAGCGUAAAUACUGAAUUCGCUUAUCGUUAGGUAUUUUUAUACGAAAACAAAACAGAAAUCCUAAACUCGUCUAUGUCCUGUAAAAAGUAUAGUAUAUAAAACCAAGAAACUCAAGAUAACUAUGAGCAGGAGACUGUGAGGGACCUUUCUUUCCGAUGAUGUAUCACUCCCCCAGACAUUCAGCAUAGCUGGUAUAAAUAGAGCUUUUAUUAUAAUAAUGAUAAACUUAACAAUUAA